AUGCGAUUGUUCGAUAUGCUCACGACCAAAGCUGCACUCAAAGCCAGUACAAACGACGACAGGGCCUACGUCUUCGUAAAUCCGCCUCGACUAAUGCCCCAACUUCCCGGACCACAGAGGGGUUAUGGACCAGGGGAAGGAGAGCCUGGCAACCUACGAGCGAGCUCAUCGUCAUUCCUACAUGAGUGUACCCACCAAACCUCUGACAAAGGCCGCGGUUCAUGUCACCUUGGUCAACGAAACGAUGUCGAACAACCAGCAGACCACGUCCCAAUCUUUCAUGGAUGGGCAAUGUACUGCGGCACACAUAGACCACCUAAAUUGGUCCCCCGCACACACUGGGAUGACGCUGUUGCGCAACACAAAGCACGCCGUGCCGAACUAGCUCACAACGCAGCAGUGGCAGUGGCAGAGGCGUACGAGACGAGGCUUAGGCACGCUGUCGAGGAAGUGAUCAGGGAGUGUGAAGAAGAGCGAAUGCAAUCCAGUGUCACGAUCGUACAGGAGCAUGGGGCUGAGCGACUAGGAUUUGGAGCUCGUCGCCGACCUAGCCACCUCAAAAUCGACACACGUCCAACAGUCGAAUAUAUACACGAUGCUGACGGUCGCUCAACGUCUGCUCUCAGCACACCAGCGGACACUAUUGGUUCUAGUGGUCCACCAUCGAGAACGGUAUCUGCCCAUUUCGAUACCGACGAGUAA